ACAUUGCUGAAGCUAACCGUCUAUCGGCUUGUAUUACUAAGUGUGAAUUGACCGCCGACAAAAUUCAUCACGAACAGAAGAAGAAGAAAAAAAAAUCUGUGUACGUUUUGCAUGCCGUGUGACGUUUUUUUUUUUGUGUUGUUGUGGUUUCAAUCCGUGAUCCUUUUUUUACUGUUCAUACGUUUUUUUUUUCUUUAUUAAUUCACUGUGUGUAUUUUAUCUGCGAUCGUUUUGUCUUUGUGGACGAAAAAAAAAACAUUUUAAAAUAUUGAAAUAUUUCAACGGUUCAAUCAGUCCACAAACGCGCGCGCGAGUUUGAGUGCCGCUCGUGAAGUAAAUAAAACAUUCAGUCGUUGAUCAGUGUGUGUUGUUGAUGUGUUGAACAAUCAUAUUUUGGACUAGAAAAAAACGAGAUCAUUGCUUCGAAGUGAUAUUUUAACUGAAUCAACCAAUUGUUUUUGUUGCUAUGAAGAAAAGAAAAAAUACUCACAUCGACAUAAAAUAAGGUGUUGCAGGCUGGAAUAACCGCGACGUCAAGUAAAUGACAAAAACAUAGCACAUGCAAAAUAGAAGCUAAACAAAUAUGUAUUUUUGCUGGUUUUUUCCCGCAUACCAAGUGUGCGAAUGCGGCUGCUGCCUUUGCUGCUACUUGUGAAGUAAUUUGAGUUUGGCGCACAUGAUGGACACAUAUUUUUAUGAAGUGCGACAGAAAAUGAAAUAAAACAUCGACAAAUACAAACACACACACAUACUCCAAAAAUAAUUUGCAGUGAACGAUUUAUCAGCUCAGUGUAUGUUGUGUGUGUAUUUUUUUUUUCUUCAUCAUCAUUGGUGUUUAGUUUUUCUACAACUUUUUGCGCGGUUAUUCAUACUGUCUGACGGUUGUUUUUUCAUUGUGUAUUAUGGUUGGUUGCCGUUGUUGUGAUUGUCACUGUCAUAAGCUUGAGUUUUUUUUUUGCCGUGUCUGACAAUGAGUUAAGCAAUAUGGGAAUAAAACGUGGUCUUUGUGAUUCGUGGUUUAUUGCGCGCUCCAAUAGCCUGUCUAUGGCCAGAGAUAAUUCAUAGUGAGCAUUUCAAAUGAAAGCCAACCGUAUGCGUACACCUAAAUUUGAUAGCCAAACACUGUGAACGAUAUUUGCAUUGUGGCGAGAUGAUGAUAUGAUUGAAAGAUCGCUAAAGAUCGUAGCAAGUUUACAAUGAAGAAAACUACACGCCAGAAAUAAUAGUUCAUAAAUUACAACAAAGGACGCAAAUCGAAUUUCGGAUUUCAAAGUCACAAAAAAUAGAACAGAACGAAAUAACAACUUUUCAGCGAAACAACUACUGUAGACUAUACAAAGCCGAUCAACAUUCACCGCUGAGCAAUCAACUGAAGGCGGUGCUUUGUUUUGCAUUUAUAACGAAACCCUACACAUACACACACACACACAUUUGUGUUUACCUGAUUUGGCAGGAAACCAGUGGCCCAGAAACAUUAUCGUAGAAAUAGAAAGAGAAACAAGCUCUCAGUACUGUCGAAAGGAAGCUUCGAGCGACGCAAAUUAAUUGAUUAACUGGUGAUAACAAAAGAAAACAAACAAAAUUAACAUUAGUCACAAUGCUGUCGAAACGUCAACGAAUCGAUACACGUAUUCCAAUCGCCAAUGGACCAAGACCGUUAGUAGCGCUGCUUGAUGGCCGAGACUGUGCCAUCGAAAUGCCCAUUUUGAAAGAUGUUGCAACAGUUGCAUUCUGUGAUGCUCAAAGUACAUCUGAGAUCCACGAAAAGGUCUUAAACGAAGCCACCGGCGCUUUGAUGUGGCACACGAUAAUUCUAACGAAAGAGGACCUCGAAAAAUUCAAAGUACUUCGCAUCAUAGUACGUAUCGGAAGUGGUACGGAUAACAUAGAUAUUAAAGCAGCUGGAGAACUGGGUAUCGCCGUUUGUAAUGUGCCAGGAUUUGGAUUAGAAGAAGUAGCCGACACGACAAUGUGUCUCAUUCUAAAUUUAUAUCGCCGAACGUAUUGGUUGGCAAAUAUGGUGCGAGAGGGAAAGAAAUUCACCGGUCCUGAACAAGUGCGAGAAGCAGCACAGGGUUGUGCCCGAAUCCGAGGUGAUACACUAGGCUUGGUUGGUUUGGGACGAAUUGGUAGUGCUGUUGCUUUGCGUGCUAAAGGUUUUGGCUUAAACGUUAUCUUCUACGAUCCAUAUCUUCCUGAUGGCAUUGAUAGAGCUCUUGGCAUUACCAGAGUAUAUACAUUACAAGAUUUGCUGUUCCAAUCAGAUUGUGUGUCACUACAUUGUACACUUAAUGAGCACAACCACCAUUUAAUUAAUGAAUUUACGAUUAAACAGAUGCGACCUGGUGCAUUUUUAGUGAACACAGCACGCGGUGGCUUAGUUGAUGACGAAGCCUUGGCAUUGGCAUUGAAACAAGGACGGAUAAGAGCUGCUGCCCUUGAUGUCCACGAAAACGAACCAUAUAAUGUAUUCCAGGGUGCUCUUAAAGAUGCUCCAAACUUGAUUUGCACACCACACGCCGCCUUCUACAGCGAAGCAUCAGCAGCCGAACUACGUGAAAUGGCAGCCAGUGAAAUGAGAAGAGCUAUUGUUGGUACUAUUCCAGAUGUGCUACGGAAUUGUGUCAAUAAGGAAUAUUUCAACCGUACACCAUCUUCGGCACCUGGAUACACAGAAGGGCUCAAUGGCGGAUAUUAUUCGGGAGGAUUGCAACAAGCCCAUAGCACGACACCGCAUGAAGCUCCGCACAGUGCUGGAGCCCCAACAUCAGUACCGCCACCAUCAGCAGGACCACCGCCAACCGUUUCGGCCAUUUCAGCUGUGCAGCCGCACGGACUAGUGAGUAAAUCUCCGCUAAGCGCCCCGGACCCAAGUAAUCAUCAUGCAACCAAACCAGAACCGUCUGAAGUGCACUAGUUUUCUAGCUUACAGCAUAAUUAACACUACCUAAUUUACACCAUUGAGUAGCUGAAAUAUUAUUGUCAUCGAUAACACUUCAUAGAUUCUUUUUUUUUACUUUAAUUUUUCUUUUUUUUUUCGAAAUACAUGUACUUUAUAAGUUUUGGCUUCAAUUUCGAUUUCUUUCAAUUACGUUCGAAUUUAUUUUUGUAGCAAAUGGAAUUCUGUAUAAAAAAAAAUUGAAAGAAUAAAAGUAGAAACUACAAUUUAAAACAAGAAAAACAAAAGAUUAAAAAAAAAUUAAAUUCUCUAUCACAAUCAUAUAUUAUAGUUGAAGAAACGAAAACAGAAAAAAAAGAGCGCCUCAAAAGCAUGAUCGUUAAAUGAACAGGAUGGAAUAACACACAUAGAAAUCACUUUUAGAAGUACAUAAUUAAGAAGUAACUUCAGUUUUGAUCGUUAAAAAUUAAAGAGAAGCAAACAAACAUUUUUUGGCCCAACUUAAAUAUGGAAAUGUGAAUAGACAGACCCAUUAGACUCUACAUUUUUUUUUCUAAUGAGUUCAUUCAUUAGCGUCUCAGCAGCAGCAGCAGCAGUAACAACAACAACAACAAAACAACAAAAAAGGAGCAGAACAUGAAAUUUUUUUUUAUAAAGAAAAUAAUUUGCUAAAAAAAUUAAUUAAGCAUUAUGAAACAAGAAAUUCGAAUUGAGGCAAACAAUUAAUUACAUAUAACGAAAUGUGUAAGCGACAAUUCGCAGAUCGAUUUGAUAGUAACAAUUUUUUUUUUAUUCUGUUCAAAUAAACACAUACAUACACACAAUCACGGGAUGAUCGAUUUGAAAUAUCAGCUUGGUCCGUUUGAGCAUACGUUUGUCAGAUACAACAACAAUGAAUACGUAUUGAAUGUCGGCAUCGUUACACAACACACUCACACACAUCAAAUCGAAUAUGCAAAGAAUUUUUCUUUUUUUGCAAAACGCGAUUGAUGAAAUAGUUCGAUUGUCAGCACAUUUUAACGAAAAUCGAAAUUAAUUUCUUUCGUUUUUUUUCGAAACAAUGGGAUGUAUAUUUUGAAAUGAGAAAUUGAUUACAAAUGUGAACUCCUAAUUAUAAUUUAAGUUCAUUUCAACGUGAAAAUGCAAGAAAAAAAAUGUUGAAUCAAAAAUUUACAAAAAAAAAAAACAACAAUAUUGAAUAUAAUUUCUGUGCUUGGAAUAUAAAUGUGACCAUAUUUCCAUGGAAAUAGUGGAGAUAAGAAAAAUUAAUUACAAACAAAAGAGAAUGUUAGUUUGCAAAUCUAUUUAAGGAAAAUGGCAUAAAUUCCCUGGAUUGUGUAAAAACAAAUGUUUAAGCAGAUCGUAAAAAAUAACAACAAUGAAUAAAGAAAAAAUAAUGAACAAAAUAAUAUUAGUAAUAUUACACACAGACACAGAGACACACACACACACACA